AUGAAGAAUGGGUCAAAAUACGAAUUUUCUGUAUUUAUGUCUUCGCUCCUAACGGAAAGUGGAAAACUCUUCAUAUCUUAUACCCUACUAAAGUGGCAACUUGCACAUAAAAAGGCAAUUCGCUAUAAUUACUCUUUAAAAGAUAUUCUUCUCUGGAUUGUUCCCUCGAGUCUUUAUGUCAUCGCUAAUAAUCUCUACUUUGUCGUUAUCAGCAUUUCAGACUCGCCGAUAACGCAGCAAGUGUUUGGUUCCUUAGAGAUUGUCAUAGUGGGCUUGGCCAACGUUUUUAUUCUCAACAAAAAACUUUCGGGCGUGCAAUGGGCCGCUCUGUUCCUCCUGACAUCGAGCGUCGCUUCCAUCCAAAUCGCCAAAUCGCAAACGCGCGAGCUCGAACUCCCGUUUCUCCCCAUCGUUCUGACCAUUUGCUCUUCGGGCCUCGCCGGUUUGGCGGGCGUUGUGAUCGAGAAACUGAUGAAGGGCAAGUCGAAGAUCUCGAUCUUCCAGCAGAACUUGUGGCUAAACUUCUGGAGCGUUUGUCUGAACUUUGUGUGCUUGCUGGUGGAGAACGGCGCCUCCUUCCCGCAGCAGAUGACGCUGAGCCGGUUCAACUCGUUUGCGUUGCUCACUGUAGCGAACACCAUUGUGAUGGGGUUGGUCACCGUGGGGAUUCUGAAGGUGCUUUCGAGCGUGGUGAAGUCGUUCACUUCUUCCGCCUCCCUGGUGCUGACGUCCAUUCUCUCGUCGGUUCUCUUCGACGUUCAGUUGAAAUAUCCUGAAACGAGUGAUGAGAAUGGGGCUUAA